GAGACACCCGGGUUUACGAUCAGAAUGCCUUGUCUUGUGAUGGUCUGAUUGUGAAGUACGACAAGGAAAGUCCCAGGACCGAUCCGCGAGCGCCACAUCAUCUGGUUCGGCUGGAAGCUCGUCCUCGUCCUUCCCGUCGCCGUCUACGUCGUUGCUCUCCUCCUCCUCCAUUUUUCAGGCCGAUAUCGCCUCUCCGAACUCCUUAUCUAGCGCGAGGACGAGAUCUCGGGUUUCCUUAAAUAGCUACGACGGGUAUCCCAAGAUCGACUUCCUCUUCCUCGCCCGUCGGGACCUACCUCUUGAUUUUCCCUGGAGCACCUUCUUUGAGAAUGCUGAUGCUGGUAAUUUCUCUAUUAUAUACACCCUCGGAGCCUGGGUUUGUCUUUUAUUAAUCGAAUUCGGGCGCGCAAUUCUUUUAUGGUCGCCAAUCGAGUAAUAGCAUUAAAGUGAUCAAUGUUCGGCUUUGUAUUUUGAGUUUCAGGUAGUGGAAAGAAGGGAAUUAUAGUUUGGAGUUUUAAGUUUUUGUUGGUAGUGAAAGCAGGGAACUUUUUAAGAUUCAAAGUUGUGAUUUUUCUUCUAUUGUUGGUUGGUGGAUGGAAACUGAAAGGAUGAAUUAGAAACUUGUUAAGUUCAAUGGCAUAUCUGAUUUUGAGUUCGUACGUGGUCUCUUAUUGCAGGUGAGAUGGGGAGAAUCAAGCAUGAUAGAAGUGGAGAGAUUGUUGCUUGCAGUUGCUCUAGAAGACCCAGCGAAUCAAAGAUUUGUCCUGCUUUCUGACAGUUGUGUUCCUCUUUACAAUUUUAGUUAUAUAUACAAGUAUCUGAUGGCUUCUCCAAGGAGCUAUGUGGACAGGUAGAUGGCAGCCUGCUUGAUUCUUGAGGUGCCUAUAAUUGAUUCUUUACAAAUGGUUCCAUGAUAAAUGAAAUGAUAGUGUUCUAUCUGUUUUAAGCCUUUUCUGGUUCCUACCGAAGAAAUCACUUCAUUUUGUAGCUUUCUUAAUGUAAAGGAUGGUAGAUACAGCUCAAAGAUGUCAUCUAUCAUCCCAAAAGACAAGUGGCAAAAAGAAUCGCAGUGGAUCUCCUUGGUAAGAAGCCAUGCUGAAGUUGUUAUAAAUGAUGAGAGAUCAUUUUUCCAGUUUUUAAGAAAUUAUGCAAGGUACACAAUUAACCAUUCUGUCCUUGGUUCCAUUCCACUAAAUAUUAGAUGCUCAUAUCUGCUAAUUUUGAUUUCUGAAGAAAAGAUUAUGAAACAGGCCGCUUUUUGUAUUGACCAUAUCUCAUUAAUGCUAUCGUAAAGAAAUUAAGCUAAUCCAGAUUGUUGUGGUUUGUGAAUAAUUAUCUUUUAUUUUUUUUGGUAAAAUGUGAAUUCUUAUUUCCAAUAACAAGUGUACAAAGCAGCACCGCUAAUAAAGGCUGCUACCAGAUAAGAUUUGUACAAAAGAAUGGACAGACAAUCAACAGAUAGAAUUCAAUCUCGAAUUACAGCUCCAAUCCCCCACCGCAACGCAAUUGGUCGAGACAGUGGCGAUGUUUUUGGCCUUGCAAAACUCAAAAUUUUAUCACGAACAUCAGCAAUAACCAACUAUACAAUCUCAAAUUCAGAAUGAAACAACGAUUGAUGUAUACGCGUAUUGCGUUCAAACCAUAUAUGGUAAGUUGUAGCAUUCCACGCCAACUUGAUAAGGGAAUUAUAAAGAGCCUUCCUCUUGGUUUUCUUUUUCAUCCAUUGCACCAGUGGCAUCAAAGAUGUAAUAAAUGGAAUACUAGCCC